CACACAUGUGAUUGUAAGCAAACACCAGGCCAAAGACAUCCGGCUUUACUAGAAGUGGCUUACAUACUGGAAUUUAUGGUUCUUGUCACAUUUAAGGUUUAACAUUAACCUGUGCGACAGUCAGUGCCAUCAUGGCAUCAAAAACACUUUCAUCUGAGAUAGAAAAGAUGAUCCGCCAUCUUUGUUUGACUGACUUUCCCUGUGGAAAUGGCAGCUGGAGAAAAUCCAAAGAUAGUGGAGAUGGCCCAGAGACAGAGUCUGCAGAUGAGCUUCUGGAUCUCUUAAAGUGCCCCUGUUCCCCAUGGGGGCAGGUUGAUGAUUCCUGGAGCCCUCAGGUUUCCACCCUGAGAGAGUUGGCUGUGCUCACUCCUGAACGUCUACGCAAAAACUUUAUUCACAACCACUUCACAACACUCCGCAUUGUUGACAAGGGUGUGUCAGUCAUUGAUGAUGGUCUUCUGAAGUUCUCAAAGCUGGAGGAGUUGGUUCUGAGUGCCAAUCUGGUGACAGAAAUAGCCGUGGACAGACUUCCCAUUACACUAAAGGUUUUGGAGCUUCGUGCAAACCGGCUGUCUUCUUUAAGCGGCCUCAGCAGCUGCCGGCUUCCUCAGCUUCAGUAUCUCAGCCUCGGCUCGAACCCCAUCGGUUUGCAUGAAGACGUCUCUCAUAUUAAUGGAGGAAAAUGGCCACAGCUGGUGUGUUUGGACCUCAGCGACUGUUGCUUUGAGGACCAGCAGGCCCUAGUGAAGGCCUUAGGUACACUCUCACGCCUUAAGACGCUGGUACUUGAGGGAAAUCCUUUCACUCUUGCACCAGCGUAUCCAGGCUUGACUGUGGACACUCUCACACAACUUGCUUACUUAGACGGCUCAGAGAUCUCCCCCGAGGAAAGACAUCACUUCAGGGGUUUGGCUACGAUGAGUGAUCUAAAGGUGGAUGUUGCAUUAACCACAGUGAGUGUUGGGAGGAUGAGAGGAAUCCCAGAUCCAAUGAUGAAAGUGGACGGAUCAGAGUUACCAUUCGUAACCUACAAAUAUUUCAUCAGUUAUGAAUUUCCUAAUCAUCGCACUCCUGAUAAUCUGGACUUGGCCUGUGAGUCUGUAUCCGACACAAAAUCCACAGAACAAGAUGACUCAACUAACACAGGUCUGCAAUCAAACAGGAACCAUGAAAGAUCAGACUCCGGCGUGGUCUAUUCCACAGAAACCUGCAUGUCCAGACAUAACACAUCAAAGUUAAUGUGGUCUGAGGUCAUGGAUUUCAGUGACUCACAAACGUAUACCGCCACUUCUCUGAGAGACUUCAAGACAUUUCUGAAUUGUGGACUUCAUUUGACGCUAGAGGAGGAAAAGGUAGCGUCAUGGCCGGCAGCCUGUGAAGAUGCCCCGUCAGCCAAAUCCAUCCAAACGGUGAAAGAGAAGAAAGGCAGAAAAGGGAGAGAAUCUCAAGACAAGCUGACUUCCACCAAAGUCAAGUCAACGGACAAGAAGGGGACGGCCGUCCAACAACUAGUUCAUGACGCACCUAUCAGACGAGUCCUCGGCUCAGCUCACGUCCCUCUGCACAGUCUGGUCAGAGGAGAGCGUGGACUCGGUGUCGUGUGCGAGUUUGAUCUUCUGCACCCAGACUUUGAGGUGGACGUGGCACAAACACCUCAAAAGGAUUUGGAAAAGGACAAAAAUGGAGAUGAGGAACCAAAGCAAAGAGAAAGGAGCGGAAAAAGACAGAGCGUAUCACAUUCAAAAGGCAAAGGAAGCAGGAAGCAAUAUAUGAAUACCCCGUCAGAAAAUACUAUGCCUGUCCAGCGGGACCCAGUGACUGUAGAGCUCAGAGUGCAGCUGGAGAAAUGGGGGUCAGCUUCACAAGCUAAUGGCCUCAUUCAACCACACCAACAUUCCUGAAGCAAACCCAGUUUUCUUUUUCACAACAGCUUGGGCUGCAGAGGUUCAACCCCUCCAAGCAUUUCACCUGAACACUGGAUUGGCUACAUUAUAAACUUAAUUGCAAACUAAGUGUGUUCCACUUCAUUAAAUUGUAACUGAAACUUGUCAAAUGUACACAGAGAAAAUUAAAUAAAAAGUAGCAUCCCAUCUUAA